CAGUGCGGUUUAUUUUAUUGAUCAGGAAGUGAAGUACCGUUGAGAACAGAUUUGUGACACAUUAAAACUUGCGCUUAACAGGAGUAAUCUCAUCAUGAGUAGAGUCUACUACAUCCUCAGUGCUGCUCUUUUUGUGUUAGAAAUUCCAGAGACCAAGGCACUGCUAGAAAACUCCAAUGACUGUUGUGAAAGAAUAAAGAGAAUGAAUGAAACCUGUGCGAAUAUUACACUCUGUGACUCUGGGCUCCUUCCAGUUCAGGAAAACAGUACAACAUUUUGUGUGUCCUGUGACUCAACGGAGCAGGGGAAUUCAACUUUACUUAACAAUACAAAGACUAGUCACAUUGUAGUACCUGUAAUCACAGUGAUUGGUGGUCCAGGGAUAGCAGCUUCUGUCCUUCUAGGAACUCUACUGAUCAGCCUGGGCCUCAUCCUCUCAGUUGCAUCUUUCUUUUACCUUAAGCGUUCCAACCGCCUCCCUGGUGUCUUCUACAGGCGCAAUAAGGCUUUUAUAUUCCAACCAAGUGAAACGGCUGUCAUGAUUCCUGAAGCUACAUCUUCAGUUCGCAAGCCAAGAUAUGUGAGGAGGGAAAGGCCAUCAGCAACAUCAGCAUCCAGCAGUGCUACUGUGGCCACAGGGGCAGUAACCAAGGUGUACAAUGUGUGACCAGCCUCCAAGGGCCAGCUAUGAGCCCCCUUUUAAAACACUAGUCUGUCCUAUAGCACUGUUUUCUUAUAGGAUUUCCUUUUUUGGUGAAAUUUUCCUUUGUAGGCUACAUGAAGAACGAUAUGUCUUGAUGUAGACUUUAUCUUGGAAACCUUUUCUUUUCACGGAAGCCAGUUAUUUAUUUCUAUUUAUAUAUUUUUCACAUAAUACGUUGUUCUUUUUUUUUUUUUUUUUUAAGAGACCAGGUGUUGCACUACUAGAGUAUUUUUGAUUGUUAAGCUAUAAUUCAGUGUAGUAAGUUGUUUUUUCAAUGAAUUUUGUAAUGUUUAUAUUUAUUACCAGUAUUUUUGUGUAAUAUUGUACUUUUGAAUCUUGUGACAUUGAAACUAGGAUCCC